AUGAGCACUCGAUUUAGGGCACUCUGCGAGGAGCUUGGUCGCUUGCAGGUGGGUAUGAUACGCCGUGAAGGGAGUCCUGCUCAUCUCAUUGAGGAGGCCAUUCAAGCGAUUCGAAGCAAUCGAGACGCUGUCAAGCCCGUGCGGCAGAACCUGCCCUACGUUCCGCUGUUCAUGCGUAGCUGUACGACUUUGCUUGCCCGCGCUGACCAAGAUGCCGCACGCGAGGUCCUGGAUUGCGCCGAACUUCUCGCCGAAGAGUACGUUGCUGGCAACCAUGGUGACGUGAACGAGUCAGCGACGGUGCUUCGGUCAUUGGUGCAGUUGUCCCGUCGGUGCGAUAUCGGUACGUGUCUGCAGAACAAAGGCGUUACUCCAUCAUCUUCACCACCAAUGAAACCUUUGGUUGCUCUAUCAUUCAAUAAUACACUGCAAAAAUGGCAGCAACACCAGAUACGACCGUAUACUUCGACCCUUUUAGCCCUACUUCGUGGCACCGAUGCCGUCUACGGCGAAAAAUUCCACUUUACCCCUGUAGGUGCUGACAUCAUGGGGCUUUUGCCUAUAAAGGGUAAGGUGCAGAUGGAGGCAAAGGUUCAAAAGUGCUUGCAUUCGAGAGGUAUACUUAGGGCUUUACGCGAAAUGCAGUUGUCGAAGCUUGAUGCCGGCAUCUGCCUCAGCUGCCUUGCGGAAAUUGGGAUGUAUGACGCGGAGCUGUGCAAUGUGUGCUGUGAGGUGCUCUUUUCUACCCACGCACUCGUCACAAGUCAGCAGUUCGCACAGGUGAUCUAUAGUCUUGGUGUGCUUCAACACCGGCACAUCCACCAGAAGUUCUUUUCUAGCACGAUGGACUUCAAGAAGUGCAAUGCGGAGGCUGUGCGUCAGCAUGUGAUGGGCCUUGCCAUGCUUCGGCAACCGCCGCCUAAUGAGCGUGCUCUCAUGGACGGCAUAUUCUUGCAUGCAUUGCGCCCAACCGACCCACUGGAAUUCGGUUCUUCACCAGAUGACGCCCUGACACCGGAGUGGUUUGUGGCUGUAGGCCAUGCGCUAACAUGCCUUGACGUUGUGCAUUACAAGUUUCGCCUGCUGAUGGCGCGAACAGUCCGGAGGAGUAUCGUUCACCUGACGACACAGCAACGCUGUAAAUUGCUGUACGGUCUUGGGGGUGUCUCGAUGGAUACGGUACCGGAAGAACUGCGACGGUCAUGGAAAGGCAAGGUCGUUCGAACGGUGGAGGUACUGACGGAUCGGCUACAGUACGACGUUGAUCCUGCCGAUGGACCGUUUGUGAUGAACGCGCUCCUUUUUGCUGGUGUCCGAGAGCACUCGAUGAUCCCCGUCCAGCCCGACCUGGCGUCCGGUGAGAACCCAGUGGAGGUGCUGCUCCGCACGUGGGCGACGUGCCCGAAGGAGCGCGUUCUUCAUCUGACAGAGCAGAUACGCCCCCGUCACUUGGGAAGUGAACCGACAAGGACUCUGUCACAUGUGUUCACCGUUAUUGCGAACAAUGGCAGUGCUUCUCCCAUUGAUUCAUACCGAUUUGGACCGUUGUGCGAUGCUGUGAAGAGUCAUGGUGGUGAAAUGAAUCUGGAAGAGGCUCUGAACACAAUUGGGGCCAUUCAACGCAUCGGCAUUGGAGGGCGAUACAGAGACGCCCUGAUGACGUUGCUGGAGAAUCUGUGGCGGCAGCGACAUGACAUGACACCGGAACAACAAACCCGGUGCUGCCGCUUGAUGGAAGGGCUGGGGCACUUGGACAUGGCGGUGGAGUUGCUUGAGUACAUGACCUCUGCGUAA